UAUUUAUUCAUUAUUUAUUACAAUAUAGCUGAAUUGAAUUAAAUAAUACAAGGUGCAUGUUUAGUUUUCAUUUUAAAUCUUUAAAGAGAACUUAACUCGCAAUGGCUGAUGAGGAAUAUGAAGCUGACGACGCUGGGGCAGACUACGAUGAUAUCGCCGAAGAAGAUGACAACAUCGAAGAAGCCGAGGAGCAAGAGGAGGAGGGCUACAACGUGCAGUGUCUAGCUCCCGGCCAGGCUGGGGGAGGAGUCGAGAAAUCUAAAAGGAUAACCACCCGGUAUAUGACGAAAUACGAACGAGCUAGAGUCUUAGGUACCAGAGCACUUCAAAUAGCCAUGUGUGCCCCUGUGAUGGUGGAGCUGGAAGGUGAGACCGACCCCCUACAGAUAGCCAUGAAGGAACUCAAGCAACGGAAAAUUCCCAUUAUCAUCCGAAGAUACCUCCCUGACCAUUCCUAUGAAGACUGGAGCAUUGAUGAACUGAUCAUCAUUGAUCAUUAAUUCAUGCAAUACAUGACUUUUGGAUAAUUCUUGUAGAAGAUUAUCUUUGGUGAAACUACUUUUAUAAAUAAGAUUUAACUUAAGUCUUAUAUAACAGUAAUUCUGUUACAUCUAUUCAAAGUAGCAGUGACAUGAACUAAUCUAGCCGUGGGUGAAGUCGCAUCUGCGAGACUCUUUUCUUUCACUGUGCUCGAAGGGGCCUCUUACGAGGCCCCCCUUGAAGCAACAGCCCACUUUGCCCACGCCUAGCUAUGCCACUGCAAAGUAGUCACAUUUUUGACAUUGUGAUCACAAAACCUAGAAGUACAGUCAGCAGCAGUAAUAAUUAUCAUAUGCUUAUGAUUAUAGAGUUUCAUUCAUGUAACACAAUUUGUUUUUAAUAUGAAAGAAUCAAUAUUUUUUACAUUAAAGUAUCUUGCAUUAUCAUAUUCAUAGACUAUUUUGUCUUCAUCAUAAGAUAAAAAUACAGAACAAUUAGGAAUUACUAUUAAACUAUCAGAUCUUAAGUCAUCUAUGAUAGAUUAAAGUAGAUCAAACUCUACUAUUACAUCAGUAAACUGAAUGU